AUGCUGGGCCCUGGCACAGAGUGCCUGCCCUGCCCGAAAGGGACGUACGCCCACUCCUCCUCCACCUCCUGCACCACCUGCCCGGACGUCCACAGCACGACUCAGGAGGACAGGAGCAUCUCCUUGACCGACUGCUUCUGCCUGGCCGGCUACUUUGGUACCCUCAGCCUCAACCAGUCCUGCAGCAUCUGCCCUCCCAACCACUUCUGCCCUCGUGGGGCAGCCCAGCCCACCCCGUGCCCAGCUGGCUCCUCCAGCCCUAGGGGGACCAAGGAGGUGACGGACUGCGUCUGCAACCCAGGCUACACGGGACCCAACGGAGGACCCUGCAGCGUGUGCUUGCCCGGCUCCUCCUGCGAGGGUGGGUGGGUGGACCCCCUCUCGUGCCCCUCUGGCACCUUCUCGACCCAGGGUCAGACCUUCUGCACCCACUGCACCCGCUGCCCCGCAAACUCGACGAGCAUCAAAGGAAGCACCUCAGUGUCCCAGUGCACCUGCAUCGCAGGGUAUGCGGGUUCGAUCUCCCAGCUUGGAGGGAACUGCUCGGCCUGCCCAGCUGGCAGCUUCUCACUGGGGAACUGGUCCAGCUGCUGCUCUUGCCCCGCAGGAUCGACGUCAGAGGAGGCCAGCCCUUCAGCCGACGCGUGCAUGUGUGACGUCGGC